AGGUAAGCGCUCUACCCUCAUAUGCAUUCUUUGUGCAAACCUGCCGGGAGGAGCACAAGAAGAAGCACUGGGAUGCUUCUGUCAACUUCUCAGAGUUCUCCAAGAAGUGCUCAGAGAGGUGGAAGACCAUGUCUGCUAAAGAAAAGGGGAAAUUUGAAGAUAUGGCAAAGGCUGACAAGGCUCGUUAUGAAAGAGAAAUGAAAACCUACAUCCCCCCCAAAGGGGAGACCAAAAAGAAGUUCAAGGACCCCGAUGCCCCCAGGAGGCCUCCUUUGGCCUUCUUCUUGUUCUGUUCUGAGUACCACCCAAAAAUCAAAGGCGAGCAUCCUGGCUUAUCCAUUGGUGAUGUUGCGAAGAAACUAGGAGAGAUGUGGAACAACACUGCCGCGGACGACAAGCAGCCCUGUGAGAAGAAGGCCGCCAAGCUGAAGGAGAAGUAUGAGAAGGAUAAUGCUGCCUACAGAGCUAAAGGAAAACCUGAUGCAGCGAAAAAGGGGGUGAUCAAGGCUGAGAAGAGCAAGUAAAAGAAGGAAGAGGAA